AUGCUUUCCUCAAGAAAAUAUGUGAUUAUCAACGCCGCACGCACAAAACAUAAUCAACAAAUUAAUCGUAAAUGUCGACUCAUUGAAAGCACAGUAACAACAAAAAAGAAACACAAAGAAAUUAGUCAAUACUCAUUGACGUCAUUACAAUUACUUUAUUGUCAAUUGUUCAGAAAACAUAACUAUCGACGUCAAAAUGGUCUUUGGUAA